AUGGCGGAACGCAUACUCAUGAACGAAUUUAAGACCCUGCUUAAAGAGAAAUGGGUCCACGUCCAGUUACACAAUGACGACAUCUUCAACUGGGAUGUGGCUCUUAUCGUGAUCAACCCAGACUCCAUGUACUACGGAGGCUAUUUCAGAGCCAAGAUGCGCUUCCCUGCGAACUAUCCUUAUGCUCCACCAGAGUUCCGCUUUCGCAAGCCCCUGCACCACCCGAACAUCUACCCCGACGGAAAGCUGUGUAUCUCAAUCCUCCACGCACCAGGUGAAGAUGAAAUGUCCGGCGAGCUAGCCUCCGAGCGCUGGUCCCCAGCCCAGCGCGUCGAAUCCGUCCUGAUCUCGAUCAUUUCCCUUCUUGAUGAUGCCGAGCCCUCCUCUCCGGCCAAUGUCGAUGCGGGUGUCCUAUUCCGCAAAGAUCCCGCUGCCUACCGCCAAAUGGUCAAGGCCGACGUGGAAAGGUCCAAGGCGGAUAUCCCAGCUGAUUUCGUGAUGCCGACACACGAGACAUCUAUCGUCCGCGAGCCUACCGAGAAGGAGGACCAUGAUUUCUGGGCGGAUAGUGAUGCGGAUAGCGACGUGUUCGGCGGGAGUGACUCUGACGAAGAUCUUCUUCAACAAUUCAGUGACAGCGAGAUCGACGAGGUGGACGAUGACUCGAUUGAGGAGGAUAACAAGGAUGCGAUGAAGGCGUAA